GGAUUGUGCGCUGAUUAUGCAGUCACCGAUUUUUGUUUUGCGAACGCGGUUACUGACUACGAUCUCAUCUGCGUGUUCUAGGAACGUGAAAAUCAAGUAUGUCUUCCCCAUUGUUAAAGAUCUUUUUCAGUUCAAGAUGGACUAUUUCUAUCUUGCUGUCGUUUUUUGCUGCACGGUGGGCCAUAUAUUCAUUAUCUUUGCGUCUUUCUUCCUUUGCAUGAAAAAUAGGUGUUUAUGAGCAAGCUCGCCGAGCAAGCCGAAAGAUACGAUGAAAUGGUUGCCUACAUGAAGGAAGUUGCCAAGCUCAAUGUUGAAUUGACCGUCGAGGAGCGAAAUUUGCUUUCUGUCGCCUACAAAAACGUCAUUGGUGCUCGCCGUGCCUCAUGGAGAAUUGUGUCUUCCAUUGAACAAAAGGAAGAAAACAAGGGCAACUCUGGUCAAGUUGAGAAGAUCAAGUCAUACAGACAAAAGAUCGAAAAUGAGUUGAACGAUGUCUGCCGCGAUAUUUUGGCCGUCUUGGAUGAACAUCUUGUCACCUCCGCCACGAGUGGUGAGUCUAAGGUCUUCUACUACAAGAUGAAGGGUGACUAUUACCGUUACCUUGCUGAGUUUGCCACUGGCGAAGACCGAAAGGAGGCCGCUACCAACGCUCAUGAAGCAUACAAGGCCGCUACUGAAAUUGCACAAGUUGAGCUUGCUACUACUCACCCAAUCAGACUUGGACUUGCCUUGAACUUCUCCGUCUUCUACUAUGAAAUCCUCAACUCUCCCGAUCGCGCUUGCCAUCUUGCCAAGCAAGCUUUCGAUGAUGCUAUUGCUGAAUUGGAUACUCUUAGCGAGGAAAGCUACAAGGACUCUACUCUCAUUAUGCAACUUCUUAGGGACAACCUUACACUCUGGACCUCUGACUUGCAAGAAGAUGCUGACAAGGAUGCCGAUAAGGCAGACGAGUCAAAGGCAGAAGAAGCUACAGUCGACCAGUAAUUGUUCUUAAUCUUGCAUAGUCAUGCCUGCUCUUUUAUUUUUGCACUUGUAUGCCAUGCUAUUGAUUUUUUGAUUUUUUGGAUG